UAAGAUGGCCCACGUGUCUCUCAGAGUCGGGCCCUGAGUUCCCCCAGCUGCUUUCGCCACUGCGAUCCAGGGCGACCCCUCUGACCCCCAGGUGUGCGCUCAUCCCCGGUCCGCUAGAGCAGGACCCCGCACAAUUCCCAGCCCUCAGUGGGCCAACUUGGAGAAGCAACUUGGUCCGGGGAACGGGGCACUGCGCAUGCGGAGCUCCAAAUUCAAACAGCUGUUUCCAGAGGCUGGAGGGCCGGUGGACCCGGAGCCGCUGGGGCUAGGGGACGCUUUCUUGAGGAGGCGGCCUCUCGGGAGCCAUGGUGGACCGGGGCCCUCUGCUCACCUCAGCCAUCAUCUUCUACCUGGCCAUCGGUGCAGCUAUUUUCGAGGUGCUGGAGGAGCCGCACUGGAAAGAGGCUAAGAAAAACUAUUAUACAGAGAAAUUGCAUCUACUCAAGGAGUUCCCGUGUCUGGGCCAGGAGGGACUGGACAAGAUCCUGCAGGUGGUAUCUCAUGCUGCAGAUCAGGGCGUGGCCAUCACAGGGAACCAGACCUUCAACAACUGGAACUGGCCCAAUGCAAUGAUUUUUGCAGCCACUGUCAUAACUACCAUCGGCUAUGGCAACGUGGCCCCCAAGACUCCUGCUGGUCGUCUCUUCUGUGUCUUCUAUGGCCUCUUUGGGGUGCCACUCUGCCUGACAUGGAUCAGUGCCCUGGGCAAGUUCUUCGGGGGACGAGCGAAGCGGCUGGGCCAGUUCCUCACCAAGAGAGGCGUGAGCCUGCGGAAGGCACAAAUUACGUGCACAGCCAUCUUCAUUGUGUGGGGCGUCCUGGUCCACCUGGUGAUCCCACCCUUUGUGUUCAUGGUGACUGAGGAGUGGGACUACAUCGAGGGCCUCUACUACUCCUUCAUCACCAUCUCCACCAUCGGCUUUGGCGACUUUGUGGCUGGUGUGAACCCCAGUGCCAACUACCACGCCCUGUACCGCUACUUUGUGGAGCUCUGGAUCUACCUGGGGCUGGCCUGGCUGUCCCUCUUUGUCAACUGGAAGGUGAGCAUGUUUGUGGAGGUCCACAAAGCCAUUAAGAAGCGGCGACGGCGGCGAAAAGAGUCCUUCGAGAGCUCCCCACACUCCAAAAAGGCUCUGCAGAUGGCAGGGAGCACAGGGUCCAAGGAUGUCAACAUUUUCAGCUUUCUGUCUAAAAAGGAAGAGACCUACAACGACCUCAUCAAGCAGAUUGGGAAGAAGGCAAUGAAGACGAGCGGGGGUGGGGAGAAGGUCCUAGGGAUGGGACCUGGACCGGUAGUGGGACCGGGAACAGGACCAGGACCCGGGCCAGGGCCAGGGCCAGGGCCAGGGCCUCAGGGGGGCGGGCUGACAGACGUCCCCGCCUCCCUGGCCCCCCUGGUGUUCUACUCUAAGAACCGGGUGCCCAGCUUAGAAGAGGUGUCUCAGACACUAAGGAGCAAAGGCCAUGUGUCACGACCCCCCAGUGAGGAGGCUGGGGCGGAGCCCCCCGAGGAUGGUUCCCCCACCUCUGAAGUCUUUGCUAACCAGCUGGACCGAAUCAGUGAGGAGGGUGAGCCGUGGGAUGCCCAGGACUACCACCCACUCAUCUUCCCGAACGCCAACAUCACCUAUGUGAAUGAGGACACUGGCCUCUUGGACGAGGAGACAUCCAAGUCCUCAUUGGAGGACAACCUGACUGGGGAGGAGAGGCCCCAGGAAGAGGCUGAGGCUGAGGUGCCCCUGAACUUGGGCGAGCUGCCCUCGUCAGAUGAGUCCACCUUCACCAGCACCGAGUCAGAGCUCUCUGUGCCUUAUGAACAGCUUAUGGACGAGUACAAUAAGGUGAACUGCCCCAGGGGCACGUGAGGUGGGGCCGGCUCCCCACUCCACCUUUGAUGGCUUCCAUCACCCUUAUCCUGGGGCACCCUGCCAUGCCUGGGUUCCCCUGGAACUGGGAGUGGGGGGCCAGGGGCCUGCCUCGCCUUUCAUCCCCUACAGCUACAUGCUACCUGUCAAGCAAGGUGCGUGCUCAGGACAGGACCUCUGUUCUCUAGCUGAGCAGGCACCCUGGCAAUGGGAGGCAUCUGUUCUGAGCACAGCUGGUUUAUUUGAUGGUUCAAAGACAUGUGUGGGCUGGCAGGACUGACCUUUACCCCAUCAUACGGUUGAGAAUGCCACACGGUUCUCCUAGGUCCAGGCCUCGGCCAUUUGAGCUUACUAGCACUGGUGAGCUUCUGCGUCGGGGCUCAGCACUGGGAUAGGCAUUUCCAGAGAGGGCGGGCCCAGCCUUUGCUGGAGUGUAGCUGUGGUGAGAGGGCUGGGCACUCAGGUCUCAGCUGGAACAGGGCCCUGCCUUGGGGCAAGGAUUUAACUGCCUCCCAAUCCCUUUGUUUGCCUGACAGGCCCCUACUUCAAACCUCAGUAGGGAAGGGACUGCCUGGGGGAAGGGAGUGAGGAGAUAAAGGGCAGGUACUGCAGAACUCCUAAGCAAGUCCCAAGGGUGCCCCCAAAGUCCUAGACCUUGUUGAUUUACCAGGACCCAGCCCAGCCCAGAGACCGGGCCGGUCUCCUGCCUCAGCCACCCUUUGGCCAACCGAUGAAGGGUGCAAGCUUCCUGCCUCCCAGGAGGUGGUGGGAGAAAGCGAAGGGGAAGGCCGUUGCCACUGAGCCAGCUCACCUCGGCCCCCACCAUCCCGUUUCCCUGUGCCCAGAACAAGGACUUCACCGCUCACUCCCCAGGUUGCUCUGGGCUCACAGGUGGAAAUGGCCAAAUAUGUGAAUCAGGCUCCUCCCUCUAGGGGGGGUGUGUGUGUGUGUGUGUGUGUGUGUGUGUGUGUGUGUGUGUGUGUGAGAGAGAGAGAGAUUUGUGAUGGGGGAGCAAAAGAUAAUGUGAAACUGUACACAGACUUUCCGGUGAGAGGCCAGCAGAGUUUUUAAGUUCUCCAUGAUUGUACACUCUGGGGCCUGUCCACUCUGCCCUGCAUGUUUUGUUAUUUU